AUGCGGUGGACGGAGUGUGGCGGACAACAGGUGGCGGUGGGUUGGUGGUGUCUGCGGAAAUCCACACCGCCACUGCCUCCGGCGCCGCCGGCCGAGGCUCUCCACUGCCGCUUUCCGAAUUCUCCGCCAUCCGCCAUUCCAGCGCCGCCGGCUAGUGAUAUUCCCGUCGCAGAGGCCGGCACCUCCAGAUCCGCCGCUUAUUCCUUCAUCUACCCGACAUCCGCCACCCAUGACCGCUGCUCCAGACCCGUCGCGUCUUCCUUCAUCUACCCGACAUCCGCCGUGCUCCCACCCGUCUCGCCACUGAUGAAAUCUCUCCGACAAGGGUGUGGUGGUGAAAGAGGAAGCUACUCCGGCUAUUCGAGGGAACUCCAUAUCCAAGAUGCCCCCCGCUCGAUGAUGUCCGGCGACAUUGGAAGAAGCAAUUUCGGGAGUGAUGAGGAUGCGGAUCUCUGA